AGCGUUCCUCUUUUCAAGUGCCACUUGUCUGAAACCCAGACGCAUCCCACUUAGGUGGGGAGUAAAGCAUUACUACCAGGCAGGGGGUAAUUAGGCUGUUUAAAUCGCAUAUUAAUGCCUUGUUGUCACUGACCAUCUUAGAUACAACAUGGAUAUGUCGCGCGGUUUGUUUUCACGCCGCCCACGGGACUCACAAGUUUAGGUUACUUCUCAAUAGUGUAACGUUGCAUCAUCGUUACUUUGUGCCCCAUGUCCUGCCGCCUCGAGCGCUCCUGGCAGUGGCCAGAUGGCGUCUCGCAGUAAUCUCCUUAGCACCGCGUGCAACAUGUUCUGAAUGAGAGAGAAGACCGAGAGAAAAACUGAGGAGCUUUGUCAAGUUCAGUUAUACUGUCAUUCAGUUUUUUUCUGUCGAAGCGUGGGCCAGAACGACGGACAAAAUAAUUCAUGUCAUGUUUGGAAAGGACUAUUGUUUUUUCCUUCUGCUGGAGCUGUGUCUGCUGUCAAUGACAGACAAGUGUGUGGAGAAAUACAGGUAACUUGUUUUGCUCGACUCAUGCCAGAGCAACAAGUUGAAUGUAUCUUGACGCUGCACUUGUGAUGGGGAUAGAGCUACGUGCUGAGAAUCCGCAACAACAGAUUGUGAAAUCCUACCUAUCAUGUGAAGGCUUUGGUUGUGGUUUGUGUGUUGGUGUGGGUGUGUGUGCGAGGGACAGAGACAGUGUAACAGAGAGCUAAGCUUCGUAGCCUCACCUUAGGGGCACUGGCCUGUAAAAAAAUGUCCCUGGAACCAUAAAACCAUGACAGUCAUCACUUAUUCAAGCGCUGCUGGAAGGUUUCUGAAAGAAAUCCAGGUUCUCGAACAUCCCUCUGCCUCCGAGGAUGUGCCAGAACCCCAGUCCAAGAUUCUAGAACCUCAGACCAUGCUGAAGAAUACGAUUCUAGAAUCUGGUGGGGUCAGAGGCCACAGGCGGACUGAGCAGAGAGACGACGACGACGACAGAGGAGCUAAGGGAGGGCAAGCGAAAGGGAAGAGACAAAAAUGGGGGAGAGGAGUGAGCAGAGAGAGGAUGACUAGAGGAAGGAGAGAGGAGCAAUGUAACUUAAGGAAUAAAUGCAACAGGGAAGUUUUAAAAUACCUAAAAAGUACAGGGAGAUGCGUGGAAGGAAAGGACGAGAGCAAGGCAGGUGUCUCUGGGAUUGUGUCAGCUGCAGAAACAGAAGGUGAAAUCAAGGAAAGGGAGACAAGGAUGUGGAAAAGGAUGAGGUGGCAUGAUAUAUUCCUCUGGUUAACUCUCCUCCUCUUCAGCCUUUGUCCAAAACCUGCUUCAUCACAGGGAAAUUUCCCGCGAAUGGAGAACAUUGCUGCCUUCAAACCUGUGUCCACCUCUCCGGCUCGUUCCACCUGUGGGGUUCCAGAGCGGAGCAGCUACUGCCAGUCACCGUCCUCCCAAACUGAGCUGAUGGCAUGUUACCAGGCCUUCUGUGUCCAGGAGUGUCCCUACAGGUCCUCCACACCUCCGUAUGCCCCACUGCUACUGCCUGCACACAGGGGUACCUGUGUAACUGAAGACAGUAAUGACACUCGUCCUGGGACUCAGGCAGAGACCAGCACUGCUACCAGUUCAGUGGGGGUUUCUGGUGGAUCCAGUAGUGUGCUGUUUCGACCAGUCUGGGAUGGAUGUCUGGUUUCUCCUCCCUCACAGAAGCUAGGAGCGAUGGGUUCCCUCACCCUGGCAGUGUGGAUAAAACCAAGCUCUCCUGGAGAGAUGAUGCUGCUGGAGAAGAGCUCAGGGGAGCGGUUGUUUUAUUCUGUGACAGUGUCUGAGCAGGCAGUCACCCUGUGGCACGGUCAGUCCAGCAGUCAGACCCCUCUGACCGUCAGCUUCAGAACAGAGGGGAGGCUUACACUGGAUAGGUGGACACACCUUGUUUUGCAGCAACAUGUAUCCGGUCCAACCCAUCACCAUGGCCACUUUCAACCUUGUUUUUACACUGGGACUCAACUUACUCUCCUUGGAAGUUAAGGACUUGCCUGUAUCUGAUCACAAACUUAUUAUGUUCUUCUGUGAAAUGUUGACAGCUAACACGGUCAAACCCCAGCCAAAGUACACACGAAUUUUAAAUCAGCACAGUGCAGCAAAAUUCUGUACGCAGUUUAACUCAACUAACAAUUCGUUGCCAAUUGACUGAUAGAAAUAACAUAGUUCAUUUAUUUAAUUCUUCAUGCUUGUCCACCUUAGAUUUUAUAGCCCCCCUGAAAGCUAGACCUAACACAAAAUCUGGUCAGCAGCCUUGGCUAAAUGACACUAUUAGAAAUUGUAAACGGGAAAGUAGAAAAGCCGAGCAAAGAUGGAAGAAAUCCGGUCUCCAAAUACACUUCAUAGCUUUGAAAGAGCUUUUAAUUUGCUAUAAUACAAUGGUAAAAGACGCUAGAACACACUAUUUCUCUACUCUUAUCCCUACCAACAAGCACAAUUCCAGAUUCCUCUUUAACACUGUUGAUCUCUUAGUAAAUCCUACACCUGUCACGCUCUGCCGGUUGGCCAUCCUUUGUGUUGCACUUUUGGGUUUGGUAUCUGCCUUAGUAUGUUGAGUUUUGGGUUCUGUCCUGUCUGGUGUCCAGUAUCUGCUAUGUAGUCUGUUGUGUUUUGAGUUUCUCUGUGUUAUUGUGUGGUCAGUUCAUUAUCUGUUAUUUAGUUGGUCUUUGAUUCCAUGUCAUGUUCUUGGUCUUGUACGUUAGUUCAUGUCUUUAGUGUUUACUCCGGGUCUUGUGUUCUCUGUUAAGCUCUGUACUGUGUUCUAGUUCUGUGUUUCACUUAUUCACUCUGCCCCAGGUCUGCUUGUCAUGUCAAGUCCC